UAUAAAUAUUAUUCUUAGACUAAUAUGUAACAAACGGUAUCAAGAAUGGUAUUUACAAUGUAAAACUAAUGUAUUCAAGAAGUAUAAAUUAAAUUAUUCGUAUAUAAAACGAAAACAAGAAUUGUACUCGAGUUGAUAUUUUCUACUUGAGUUCCAUACUUUUAUUCCUAUACUAUAACGAUACUUUCUUCUUCCUCUAUAUUUGGUUUGAGUAAUUUAAAUCUAUAAGUAAAACUCUUUUUUCAACCGUUCCAAUCCUAUUUCCACUUCACUUUUUAUUACUCACACAUUCCAAUACAGCAUCGAAUCAAACUUUGGAACUCUUUUAAAUUUUGGAGAAUCUAGUGAAUGAAUCUUAUAACUUAUCUAAGUCCAAGAUCUUGAGCUUGAAGAAAUAAGAAAAGACAAAUAGUUUUUUUGUUGCAGCCAAGAAGUAGAAGCAGAAUUGAGGAAGAAGAAAAGAUUGUUUACAGCAUGCAUUUUUCUGUUCCUUUGGAGCUUUACAAUCAGCUCUAAUGGCGGUCACCAGUAUUUUUCAUUUCUCUCUACCUUCCAAAUCUAGCCCUUCAACUCCGCCGUUUAAGACUUCUCACUCCCUCCUUUCCUCCCCAAAUUUCAGGCCUCUCAGAAUCAUCUGUUGCCUAUCUAAUCACCGAUCAGAUGACGAAAACCCCACUACUUCAAACAGCACGAUUAACUCCCUGAGAGUCGUCUUCGCCGCUGGAGGCACUGGUGGUCGCGUUUAUCCCGCCGUCGCCAUUGCCGAUGAGCUCCUACUUGCUUACCCCACAGCACAGAUCCUCUUUCUGGGAACACCGAACAGCACGGAAAGCGCCGCCGUCCCCUCAGCCGGGUACGAGUUCGACACAGUUCUGGCCAGUCAGUUAGCUCACCCUAUUAUAUCUCCCCAAAACCUUCUCCUUCCUUUACAUGUGAUCAAAUCCGUGAUUGCGAGUUACAAAAAACUCAUCGAUUUCAAGCCCCACAUCGUCAUUGGCACAGGUGGAUACGUCUCGUUCCCGAUUUGCCUUGCUGCAAAGCUUAUUAAUGGCGUCAAGCUUGCAAUCCAAGAGCAGAACUCGGUUCCAGGUUUUGCGAAUUGGGUUCUUUCUCAUUUUGCAGAUAUUGUGUUCGUUGUAUUGAACUCCACAGUUGAGUGCUUUCCAAGGAAGAAGAAAUGCUUGGUUUGUGGGAACCCGGUGAGGUUGACAUUGAAACAGCACGUGCCCAAGUCUGUGGCACGUUUGCAUUUCUUUCCAAGAUCAAGGAAGGGUGAGGAUUUGGAGGCUAAGGUGUUGCUUAUUCUUGGGGGGUCUUUGGGUGCAAAUGCCAUCAAUAUUGCCAUGUUGAAUCUGUAUUAUCAGAUGUUGUUGGAGAACAAGAAUUUGUACAUUAUAUGGCAGACUGGUGUGAAGACAUUUGAUGAGAUGGACAGCCUUGUGAAAAACCAUCCCCGUCUGCAUUUAACGCCGUUCAUGCAUUCUCUGCAUUUGGCUUAUGCAGCUGCAGAUCUCGUUGUUUCUAGAGCAGGGGCCAUGACUUGCUCUGAGAUCCUAGCAACUGGAAAGCCAUCUAUACUGAUACCAUCACCUCAUGAAGAUGAAGGACAUCAGUUUAGAAAUGCUUCCAUAAUGGCUGACAUGGCUGGUUCAACAGUCAUUAAUGAAGAUGAACUAGAUUCAACCACGCUUGCAAGUGCAAUUCAAGAGAUAUUAGGUGAUGGGACUAAAAUGGCAGAUCUAUCUGAAAGAGCAUUGCGAGUAUCGAAACCAAAUGCCUCUACUGAAAUUGUUCAACACAUUGGAAGCUUAAUAGACUUGUCAACUAGGAAGGCCAAGCAGCAUUGAUAUAAUAAUGGCGGAUGAGUUACCUUUACGAAGUAGACUUCGAUAACAAUUUUGUUUUGUGUUUGGAGAAAUUAAAAUUGUUUCCAUUUCUUUUUUUUGUUUUUCUCUUCUCAAGGUUAGAUUUUCUACCAGACGUUCCACUUCCCACUGCCCAACUUUGGGUUUAGUCAUAUUUUGAGAAAAUUAAAGACCCCUUUUGGUUUGCAUGUUUUUGACAUUACUUCAUUUAGAAACUUCUGUUAUGAGGAGUUUUCAUGGACUAAGUUUUUGUUUGGAUUUCUAAAUUACACUUUGAAAAUUAAUAAAAAAAGACACUUAAUCUAA